CCACAAGAGAGACACUACCUUGCAGCUGGAGUGCCUGGUGAUUUCCACAAGGUUUUGCUCCCAAAGGCAUCCCUUCAUUCUGCUCACUCAUCUUGAGCGCUUCACUGGCUUUCAGAUGUGCCAAAAGAGGUCACAGACAACAAGUCCCCUGCAUGGAACAAAGGAAAGAUUCACUACGGAGGGGCCAAAAAGGAAGUUCUUGAGGUUUAUGCAUCUCAAUUUGCCAAGGACUUGGAGUCAUUUCUGAAUGCAAGGGCACACGAGCUCGUCGAUGGAGGGCUGAUGGCCCUUGUUAUUCCUGCUGUCCUUGAUGCCAUCCGUGAAUCUCAGACAACUAUCGUCACAGAGAAAGAAUUAGAAGUUCUAGGAUAUUGCCUCAUGGACUUGGCUAAAAAGGGAUUGGUCGAUGAAUUGAAAUUGGAUAUGUUCAACUUGCCACUAUAUUACCCAUCUCCUAAUGAGAUGGAGACCCUGAUGAAGACAAAUGAACAUCUAAAUGUUCAGAGAAUGGAGAUAUUAAGCAUUCCAGGAAAGCACGUGGUUUUCUCCAACCCUAGUGGAAUUGCUUUGUACCUCAGAGCUGCAUUAGAGGGACUUCUAGAGAAACAAUUUGGAAGUGAUAUCAUGGAUGAAUUGUUUGAACUGUUUACGCAGAAACUUGCAGAGUCUUCCUCUCUCUUUAACCCUGAGAAUCAAGAUCUGGUUGUUAUUUUUGUCCUCCUCAAGCGAAAAUUGAGAACAUGAAGCAAAUUUAGUGGACCUUAU